AUGUCGACCCAAAAAGUUCAAGCUUCCGUCCUCCACGGCGCCCGCGAUCUUCGUGUUGAAGAGCGCGACCUCCCAGCACCCGCCGCCGACGAGGUCCAGAUCGCCGUCCAGGCCACCGGCCUCUGCGGCUCGGACCUGCACUACUUCAACCACUACCGCAACGGCGACAUCAUCGUGCGGGAGCCCCUCACCCUCGGCCACGAAUCCAGCGGCACCGUCGUCGCCGUCGGCAGCGGCGUGAAGGGCCUGGCGGCCGGCGACCGCGUAGCCCUCGAAGUUGGCCUGCCCUGCGAGGACUGCGAGUACUGCGCCAGCAGCCGCUACAACAUCUGCCGCGGCAUGCGCUUCCGCAGCUCGGCCAAGUCCUUCCCCCACUUCCAGGGCACGCUGCAGGAGCGCGUCAACCACCCGGCGCGAUGGUGCCACAAGCUGCCCCCGACCCUGUCCCUGGACCUCGGCGCCCUGCUGGAGCCGCUCUCCGUCGCCAUGCAUGCUCGCCACAGGGCCAGCCUGCCUGAGGGCGCCACCGUGCUGGUUCUCGGCGCGGGUGCCGUCGGCCUGCUCGCUGCGGCUGUCAGCAAGGCCGCCGGUGCCAAGGCCGUCGUCAUCGCCGACAUCCAGAAGGACCGCAUCGACUUUGCGGUGCAGAACGGCUUCGCGGAUGCGAGCGUGCUCGUCCCCAUGGAGCGUCCGCAGACUAUUGAAGAGAAACUCGCGUACGCGCAAAAGGUGGCCGAACUUUUUAAGAACGCGACCGUCGACGGCUCGGCGAUUGGUGAAGUCUUUGCGGUGUAUGAGUGCACGGGCGUCGAGACGUGUGUGCAGGCUUCAAUUUAUGCUACGAAACCAGGCGGCAAGGUCAUGCUCAUCGGCAUGGGCACGCCGAUUCUCACACUACCCAUGUCCGCGGCCGCGCUCCGCGAAGUCGACCUCGUCGGCGUCUUCCGCUACGCCAACACAUAUGCCAACGCCAUCGAGCUACUCGCUAACCGGCCAGCGGCCAUGCCGGACUUGUCACCGCUAGUCACGCACCACUUCAAGGGCAUCGAAAACAUCCCCGAGGCAUUUUCUAUGGCCGGUCAGGUCAAGGAUGGUGAGGGCAAGCUGGUGCUCAAGGUGGUAGUGGACAUGGAGUAA